GGGCACCCGGCGAGCCCAGCAAAAGGAGACGGAGGCGCCGAGCGAGCAGCACAGGCGGCGGCGGAGGAUGGAGACGGAGGCGGCGGCGGCGGCGGCCCUGCUGGAGCUCCGGCGCGUCCCCGGCUGAGCGUCUGCAGCCCCUCCCGCCCGCGGGGAGCCCGUCCCGGCCUCGGGGAUGAAGGCGAGCCCGGAGCCGCCGCCGGAGCCGCCGGAGGGCGUCGUGGGGCGGCGGGAGCCCGACGCGCGCGGCUGUCCCCGGGAGGAGGCGGAGCGGCUGCGCACCCGGGAGCGCCUGGAGGCCACCCUGGCCGGGCUGGCCGAGCUGGAGUUCCUCCGCCAGCGCCAGGAGCUGCGCGUCCGCCGCCUGCUGGGGGCCCCGCCCGCCGAGCCCCCCCCGGGAGAUGGGGCCGGGGGCGCCCCUCGCAGCUGGGAGGAGACCUUCCUGGAGGAGAACAUCCUGCUCCUGAGGAGGCAGCUGAACUGCUUGAGAAGGAGAGAUGCCGGCUUGUUGAACCAGCUCCAAGAACUGGACAAGCAAAUCAGCGAUCUGAGGUUGGACGUCGAAAAAACAGCCGAUGAGUGUCUGGAGAUGGACAGUCGUCCCAGCUCAGGGUUUUAUGAGCUGAGCGACGGCGGGGCUUCGGGGUCCCUCUCCAACUCAUCCAACUCGGUUUUCAGCGAGUGUUUAUCCAGCUGCCCCUCCAGCGCCUGCUUCUGCAGCCCGUUGGAUACAUCCUUGAGCAGUUCAGACGGGCGGCCGAAAUCAGCAGAUCUUGUUGGGUGGAUGGAAGCCCAGCACAAAGGAGCCCAGCAUGAAGACCAAGCUGCGGGGGCCAUCUUGCAUUCUCCGGCCACUCCGCAUUCGAAUUCCCUGGACGUGGUCACAGAUGUGCACCCAAAAUAUCAGUGUGACCUGGUGUCCAAAAACGGGAAUGACGUGUACCGUUACCCCAGCCCCUUACAUGCAGUUGCAGUACAGAGCCCCAUGUUUCUGUUGCCUGUGACAAGUACCCCCCCGAGGGAAGAGGAAGACAGCAAUAUUGGCAGUGAAGUCUGUGUGAAAUCUGAACUGGAUACAAAAACCACCCCGUCCUGUUCCCCGUCGGAUUCUUAUCCCACAUCCCUUCCCGCGGCCACAAAAAAAAUGGACGGAUAUAUUUUGAGUCUUGUGCAGAAAAAGAUCCCUUCGGUGAGGACUAACAAACCGAGAACGAAUCUGAACGCAGACCCUGCUAAAGGAAUUUUGAGGCACGGAAGCAUUUGUGCUCGGCAAGGGGCUGGAGCGGCCCAUAACGGUGCAGCCCCUGUUAAGAAUCCGAGCCAGGUAGUCCCGCGUUCCGCCGCAGCUACCCCCGUGUUGGAUAAUGGCGCCUUCUCCCCCUCGAAGCAGUGUUUGCAAGACGCUAACGCUGAGAAUCUGGAGACCAAAAAGAUUCCUUUAACCGCAGCCUUCUCGCCAAAUUCUAACCACGAACUUCAGAGCAAGCCCACCACAUCGAGGACCGUCAAACCUCAAGAGGCGACAUGGUGUCCUGUGGUUAGCAAGGGCGACGCACCCAAGGAAAGAGGCCAAACCCUUUCGACUAAAGAAAGCCCUUGCCGGCACACGGCGCCCCUGAAGGAAAGCAAAGCCAUCCAACUUCCCAAAAAGAUACCGUCAAAAAGCAGCGGGGGUCAAGCAACUGUGUCAUCUCCGCAUGAGACCCGGCCUUCGUUGGAUUUCAAAAGCGAGGGGUUUUCCCCGCAGAGCCUGGAGGAAGGGUUACUGGUGAGCGCCCAGUACGUGCCAGCACCCCCGCAAACAGUCAGACUUCACAAAGGCACCAGGAGUGUCAAAAUUCUCAAGAGCUCCAUGGCGAAACACCGGCCCCACCUGGUCACAGUGUUGGAAAACAGUCCUCUGGCCGGACAGGAGAAGAGCAAACCUACUGGCAAAAAAUGCCGUUUCCCCGAUGACCUGGAUACAAAUAAGAAGCCAAAAAAGAUGGUCCCCCGGAUAAAGAAAAGCGGCCAUUUGCAGCUGGAGACCAGCCUUCUGAGCAGGGCCCCCGGCAUCCUGAAACCCACAAUGAGACCCCACGGGCACGGCAGAGAAGCCGUUGUGGCCAAACCGAAGCACAAGCGAGCCGACUAUCGCCGCUGGAAACUGUCAGCAGAGGUGUCUUAUGAAGAAGCCCUCAAGAGGGCCAGAAAGACCCGGAGAGAAGGCCUUGGGGUCUACUCACAAGUCCCCCAUCCUUACGCCAGCCCCUACACCUACGUUGCUAGUGAUUCGGAAUAUUCGGCUGAGUGCGAAUCCCUCUUCCAUUCCACCGUCAUGGACACCAGUGAGGACGAAAGGAGUAAUUAUACCACAAACUGUUUUGGGGACAGUGAAUCGAGCUUGAGCGAGGUGGAAUUUGUUGGCGGAAGCACGACGACCAGUGACUCGGAUGAGAGCGGGGGGCUCAUUUGGUCCCAGUUUGUCCAGACUCUCCCCAUACAGACCGUUGCCGCGGCUUCGGAGCUCCACGGGAACGCAGCGAAAGCCUUUGUGAAGAUCAAGGCCUCUCACAACCUGAAGAAGAAGAUCCUCCGCUUUCGGUCGGGUUCUCUCAAACUAAUGACGACGGUCUAAGUGCAUACUGGGAAUAGUAAAUAACGCACACUUUAAGCGUGUGGGAGUGGGGAACGUAUGUGUGAGGGUAUGUUUGCACAGAGUUUUUGAUUAGCACACUCGUUUUGGGACAAGUGAGCCACGCAAGUGUGUGGGCUUCAGGAUUUUGGGGAAACGUUCACAGUGGGGCCCCGUAAUCUGCAAGGAUUGGGGUGCACGAGAUUCUGUUUUCCACUUUCUUAGGUGCUCUACAUCCACAGUGCUGGAACAGCGGGCUCUUUGCCAGUCUCGUGUGGAGCAGGAGGAGGGUGGAAAUGGCCAGCCACCCCUCUGGAGCUGGCCGAACCCACGAGCCCCAAGACUGACUUUUCCUAGACCUCCCGGUAGUUCUGGGAUAUUUCUUCUGCACUGCUACUCUUUCGGCAAUCUGUACGCACAGCCCUGAAAUAUUCGUGGGUAUCCACAAACACAUGCACGCGCACUGCUGUUCCACUAUGGCAAGCUACAGGUUUUGGUCCUCGGGUCAGUUCACUUGUGGGUUGGCGUGCCUGUUCGCCGCUUGAAAUUGCGGCCCAGGGUGCUUACCUAGGGGGAGAUGGUCCCAAGUUUGGGAAGAGAUGGUCCUCGUGUCCAGGUUCUGAGAAGCGGAGCCAGGAAGGAAAGUUGUUUCCCUAACAAAACACUUGACGGGCGCAUAACUCAAUGCAGAAGUGGAGCCCUCGUUGAGGGCCCCAUCCAGUGGUCUCUGUAAGCCAUGCAACUGUGCAGUCACCAUAUGGGUGCUGUACAGAUUUGGUGACGGCCCAGCAGGGGGAGUUCUCCCAGGCGACUCAGUUCCACUCAGUGGUAGUGGACUUCCGUGCAUGGUGGGAGUGAUUAGAGGAACUGUUGGCUCCAUCCGUGACCAAGUGGGCGCUGUACCUCCCCCCUUUUUUACUUCAUCUUGAGACGUGUCCCGAGGGGAUAAAAUGUGCCAUUGACUGGAAGCCAACCAUCGUAACCUCAUAAAGUGCCUCGCUUUUCAGAGCAAUCCGUGAUCAGAGGUAGUUUGCCAUUGCCCGCCUCUGCGUAGCAACCCUGGACUUCCUUGGGGGUCUCCCGUCUAAAUUCUGAUCAGGGACAACCCUACUUAGCUUUUAAGAGCUGACAAGAUCAGUCUCGGCUGGGCCAUCCAGGUGAGCAGAGAUAGUUUGACAUUGCCUGUCUCUGCAUAGCAACCCUGGUCUUCGUUGAUGGUUUCCCACCCAAGGACUGUCCAUUCUGAACCCCACUUAGCUUCCAAGCACUGUCAAGAUCGGUCUAGGCUGGGCAAUCCUGGUGAAGACAAGAGACAGUGGUUUGCUUUUGCCUGCCUCUGCGUAGCAACCCUAGACUUCCUUGGUGGCUUCCCAUCCAAAUUCUGACCAGGGACAACCCUGCUUAGCAUGCAAGAUCAGUCUAGCCUGGGCCAGUGAGAGGCUAACAGAGUUGGUUUUUCAUUACCUGCCUCUGUGUAGCAACCCUAGACUUCCUUGGUGGUCUCCCACCCAAGGACUGUCUCGUCUCAACCCUGCUUAGCUUCCAAGCUCUGAUAAGACUGGGCUGCCCUGGGCUGUUAGGGCUGCCACUGCAUAAGUUAUUAGCUCACCAUACAUUUGCUAUCCCACCUGACCAUGUAGCAUGGCAACGUUGGUCACCUCUUGGCACGAUGAGGGUCAAAAAGGGGAAAGAACUAAUUCUUUUCCAGUUAAGAAAAGUUUGCUUUUUAUAUGCAUGGAGUCAACUCUAUCUCACCAUAAGCAAGAGCCACUCGUGUAGCGGUUAAGGACCGUAAACUCUGAUCUGGCGAACCGGGUUUGAUUCCCAGUUCCUCCACACAAGCUACAGACUCUUAUCUGGUGAACUGGAUUUGUUUCCCUGCUGCUACGCAUGAAGCCUGCUGGGUGAUUUUGGGCUAGUUUUCU